AUGAAAACAAAACUCGGCUGGAUCCUUUCAGGGCCAACUACAUGUAAGUCUGAGUGUAUUGAAGGAGAAGACAACGUGAACUUGAUAUCCACACAUGUACUCAAGGUAGAAACAAGUACCCUUAACCAGAUUCAAGUAGACAGGCAUCCACAUCCUUCAUGUGCACAAUUCUGGGACAUGGAAAUGAUCGGUACGUGUGCCAGAGAAGAAAACAAACAAGAUGACAARGAACUGUCMAUAGAUACUGAAUUCAWUGAWGGAAUCUAUCAAGUAAAACUACCAUUCAUCGCAGAACAUUCUACGAUCCCCGACAAUUACAGUACAUCAUUCAAGCGACUCCAUUCACUACAUAAGCGUCUUCAAAAGAAUCCAGACAUUCUAAAACAAUAUGAUGAAGUUAUCAAAGAUCAGAUUGAAAAGGGAGUAGUGGAAAGAGUGACUGACUCAAGUGAUGUAGAAGUAGGAAAAGUUCACUAUUUACCUCACCGAGAAGUGAUACGUACUGAUCGAUCGACUACUAAACUUCGAGUGGUGUAUGACGCUUCCAGCAAAAGCCCCCAAAAUGUUGGACCCAGUCUCAAUGAAUGUCUCCACACAGGUGAAAGUCUUAAUCCAUUACUUGUUGACAUUCUUCUCAGAUUUCGCACUCAUCGUAUAGCAUUAACAGCAGACAUCGAAAAGGCCUUUCUGAAUAUCAGUAUUUCACCUGAACAUAGAGACUAUUUACGAUUUUUAUGGAUAAAUAACAUUGACGAUGAUAAUCCAAAUAUUGAAGUUUACCGUUUUACGCGAUUGGUCUUCGGGUUGACAUCMAGCCMRUAUAUAUUGAAUGCUACAAUACGUCACCAUUUGAAUCAAUAUGUUGAUCACGACCCAGAAUUCGUCACGGAAGUUAUCAAUUCAUUGUAUGUUGAUGAUUACRCAUCAGGAUCAGACGACGUCCAAACAGCAGCCAAACUGGCAUCCAARGUAAAGCAGCGAAUGCAAAGUGGAGGAUUCAACAUGCGAAAGUUUAUGAGUAACUCAAAGGAACUUAAUACGGAACUUCAUAAUAAUGAACUCUUUCAUGAUAGUUGUGUAAACCCUGUAGACGUUACAGAAUAUCAAAUGCUUGGUCUAACAUGGAACACUGACACUGACACCUUUGUCAUGAAACUUGAUAAGGUGACAGAAGAAUUAGCUAAAACCACUUCAAUCACAAAAAGAGUCGUAUUGAGUACAGCUGCUAAAUUCUAUGAUCCAUUAGGAUUUAUAUCACCAGUCGUACUUCAGAUGAAAAUCCUUUUUCAAGAAAUUUGCAAGAGAAAACUUGAUUGGGAUGAACCACUUCCAGAGGAUAUGAUCAAGAACUUUAAUUCAAUCAUUUCAGAUWUGAACAAAACAUGUGCAAUCACUCUCAACAGAUGUUGUAUUGAUCCAAGUAUUUCAAGGGAAGAAAUCAAGUCUACAMAACUACAUGCAUUCGGAGAUGCAUCAGAAAGAGCAUAUGGUUCAGUUGUCUAUGUACGAGUCGAGUAUACUUCCAAGAUUUGUUGUUAUCUUGUAGCCUCCAAAACAAGAAUCGCGCCUCAGAAUGAACAAACAAUACCUCGCUUGGAAUUACAAGCAGCUGUAGUGACAGCAAGAUUGGCCAUGCAUACCAAAGAAGUAAUACAGGAAGUUCUCCCUAUUGAUGAGGUUAUACUUUGGUCUGAUUCAUCAGUUGUCCUACACUGGAUAAUUAAUGGAGCUAAAAAACAGAAACAAUAUGUACAAAACAGAAUUAAGGAACUUAAUGAAUUAACACAACCAAUGCAAUGGAGAUAUUGUCCAUCACUGGAAAACCCAGCAGAUAUUGCCUCGAGAGGAGUUUUAGCUUCACAAUUGAUCAAUAAUGACAAAUGGUUCAAGGGACCUCAAUUCUUAUCCAAACCACCAGAAUCUUGGCCUUCACAAGAUGUAAUCACAAAACACAAGAGACAAAUAGAAGAGAUAAUUAAGUUUGAAACAGUGGAAUCUACCAGUGUCAACAUCAACAUAGUCAAGAAAUCAGAAGUACAACCAGAAGCUGUAAUCCCUAUAAGUAACUAUAGUGACUUUCAACAUAUUCUUAGAGUAACAGCUUAUGUACUACGUUUUAUUGCAAAUUUACGUCGGAAGAAGUCAAAACAGCCACUUGUCGUCGAGUCUCUCAGUGUUCAAGAAUUAAACAAUGCAGAAAAGUCGUGGAUAAGAACAAUGCAGUAUUCUAUUAAACUGUCGCCUGACAAAACCAAACAGCUCACAACUUCGUUAAACUUGUUUAUGGAUGAAGACGACAUCAUUCGUUGUAAAGGAAGAUUGAAGAAUGCGUCUGUAYCUUACGAUACAAGAAACCCUAUCCUGUUACCUAGUGAUCAUUAUCUUACGGAACUUAUAAUUCGCAACUGUCAUGACAAUGUYAUGCAUAAUGGAGUAAAGGAAACCCUUGCUGAAGUAAGAAAGAAGUUUUGGAUAAUACGAGGAAGGCAAGUUGUAAAGAAGCAUCUUUCAAAAUGUGUUACRUGCAAGAGAAUACAAGGGCAACCUUAUAGAGCAACAGUACCACCUCCACUACCAAGCKUCAGAUUGUCAGAUGAUUAUGCCUUUACUAGAAUUGKAAUUGACUUUGCUGGACCUGUAUAUGUCAAGGACAUUUAUAGAGAUGGACAAUCAAACAAAGCAUACAUAGUUCUAUAUACAUGUGCUUCAAGUAGAGCAGUCCACUUGGAUUUGGUACCUGAUUUGAGUGCAGACUCAUUUAUAAGAAGUCUUAAAAGAUUCUUCGGAAGAAGAGGAAUACCAGUUUUCAUAUUGUCAGACAACGGAAAGACUUUCAAGGACAAAAAACUCAAAAAGUUUGUGCUAAGUAAGAAUAUUGAAUGGAAGUACAAUGUUGAACGUGCCCCAUGGUGGGGAGGUUUCUUUGAAAGGCUAGUACGAUCUAUCAAAAGACCAUUACGGAAACAGUUGAACAAUGCAAGACUUAAUUAUGAAGAAUUCCUGACAAUAUUGAUUGAAGUCGAAGGAGUGUUGAACUCCAGACCACUCACAUAUGUUUAUGAUGAAAUUGACGAAAUCCUGACACCAUCUCACCUAGUCUUAGGACGACGUCUCAUGACACAACCUGGUAAAUCACACAUAUAUAGUGAUGAUUGUGUAGUUGAUACACCAAAGGAACUUAACAAAAGAAGUUGUUACUUACAGAAAAUACUGGACACAUUUUGGCUGAGAUGGCAGAAAGAAUAUUUAACUGAACUCAGAGAACAUUAUCAUUACAAGAAUAUUAGUAAUCAACCAAGUGCAGCAAAAGAAGGAGAUAUAGUUACUAUUUACAAGGACAAAUUACCACGACAAUCCUGGAAAAUGGGAAGAAUUGUGAAACUACUGAAAGGAAGAGACGGAAUUAACCGUGCUGCAAUCGUGAAAACUACUACUAAGGAAGGAAAACCAUCACAACUGAGAAGACCAUUAACAAGGUUGUAUCCGAUAGAAGUUCAAGCCAAGAAAAUUGAAGAAGAUGUUCAGCAUAUCGAGCAAUUACCAGUAAAGUUUGUGGAUGAAAGCAAAAUUGACAUUGUCAACACUUGUUAA